AUGGUUAAGUUUACAGGAAGAAACUCAAAUAAACAAUAUAUGCCAAAAAAACCCAUCAAAAGAGGUUUCAAAAUUUGGUGCUUAGUAGACAAACAUGGGUACUUGUGGAAUUUUGAAGUUUACACUGGGAAAGUUGGUGAUAGUGUUGAAAAUCAAUUAGGAGCCCGCGUGGUCAAGCAACUGUCACAACCACUCCAAAAUAAAAAUCAUUUAUUAUUUUUUGACAAUUACUUUACUAGUUAUCCGCUUAUGACAUAUCUCAAGUCAAAAAAUAUUCAUGCAUGUGGAACUAUAAACUUAACAAGAAAAUAUUUGCCUAAUUUAAAAAAAGAUAAAGAUUUAAAACUUGGAGAGUAUGAUUGGUUUGUCGAUCAAGGUGACACUUCAAUUGUUAAAUGGCGCGAUAAAAGAAUUGUUAGCCUUUUAUCAAACUUCCACAACCCUGAAGAUGCUACAGCGGUACGAAGAAGAUCAAAGGAUGGUUCAAUAACUAUGGUUUCAUGUCCAAAAGUUUUAAGUGAAUAUAACAAACACAUGAACUGUGUCGAUAAAUUUGACCAAAACAAAAAAUCAUGUGAAAUUAAUAGAAAGGCACAUAAAUGGUGGCAUAGAUUAUUUUUUCACUUUAUUGACACAGCUAUUGUUAAUUCACAUCUGCCCAUCAACCACAGAGGGGUACAAGAAGAAGAUGUGCCAGAUGUAGUACUAAAAAGAACGAAUAUACCUCAAAUAGUAACACCAAGUGAAAUUAGACCUUUUCCAAAAGCAGGAGAUAGGAAAAAUAAUCGUGCAAGAAAAAAAAUGAAAUCUACAAUACUUACUGACACACCAGAAAAAGAAAAAUUAAGAGAAGAACAGGAAAUAAGCAAUAGAAAAAAGGAAGCCAAAAAUUUAAAAUUAAAAAAAAGAAACUUUCUAGAAUCAAACACUAAAAAUAAGAAUAAGAAAAAAUCAAAACCAAAGACAAUUGUAGCAAGUUCUGAUGAAGAAGAUGAUUAUUUUUGUAUAGUUUGUUUGGGAGCUUAUUCAAAGAGUCGAAAGGUACAAGAUUGGAUUGAGUGUACUUCAUGUAAGAAAUGGGCACAUGAAAAAUGUGCUGGAAAACAAAAUGUGUUAUUUUAUAAUUGUAAGCAUUGCACUUCGGACAUAGACGAAGAUUAA